CCUCUCUUUUACUUUACUAUCUAACAGAAAUGAAAUUCUCCAUUGCUGCUUCUGCUGCACUUUUAUUUGCCAUUGUAGAUGCAAAGACACUCCUUUUCCCUAUCCCUCAAACCGUUGCUUGGUCUGGUACCACCAACGAACUCUCAAGUCAUUUUAAAAUUACUGGCGCAAAGAAUCCUCAUGUCCAAGAUGCCGCUAAGCGUUAUACCAAGCUUAUCUUUAAGGAAAGAUGGACUCCUGUUCAAGUCACUCCCAAACAAACCUUAAAGACCGGUGGCAAGCUUUCCAGUCUCGAAAUCAAGGUAGCUGACAACAAUGUCAAGUUAGACGCUGGCGUCGAUGAAUCUUAUGUCCUUGAUGUCCCCUCCAAGGGUGGUAAAGCCUCUCUUACUGCCAAGACUUGGGUUGGUGCUCUUCGUGGUCUCGAAACCUUUUCUCAAAUGGUCCAAACCAAAGACAACAAGAAGAAGGGCGAUCUCGUUGCUCAUGCCGCAAAGAUCACGGAUUCUCCUACCUACGGUCAUCGUGGUAUUCUUUUGGAUACCUCUCGUAACUUCUAUCCCGUCAAGGAUAUUCUUCGUGUAUUGGACGCACAAGCUUUCAACAAGAUGAAUGUCUUGCAUUGGCACGCUACCGAUUCUCAAUCUUGGCCCUUGUACUUCAAAUCUCACCCUGAACUUUCCAAGAAGGGUGCUUAUUCUGAAGAAGAAACCUAUAGCCCCAAGGAUGUCCAAACAGUCAUCAAGUAUGCUCAAUCCCGUGGUAUUCGUGUCAUUUUGGAAAUCGAUAUGCCUGCUCAUACUGCCACCAUUGGUGAGUCUCAUCCUGAUUAUUUGAUUUGUGCUGAUGAAUUCUGGGCCGCUUAUUCUGCUGAACCCCCCGCUGGUCAACUGGAUCCAUUGAACAAGAAGGCCUUCAAGCUCGUCAAGGAUAUUGUCAAGGAAGCUACCGAAAUUUUCCCCGAUAGUUAUUACCAUACUGGUGGUGAUGAAAUUAACACCGCUUGUUGGGAUUUGGAUAAGGGUAUUCAAAAGUAUACUAAAGAGAAUAACAUGACUACAAAGGAGGUUUGGUUUGAGUGGACUACCGAUUUGUUAAAGUAUGUAACCGGACUCAAGAAGACUCCUAUUAUUUGGGAAGAUCCUAUUCGUGAUGGUGGUAGUUAUCCCAAGAACACCGUCGUUCAAUCUUGGAUUGAUCCUCCUUCUACUUAUACCAAGAAGGGUUAUAAUGUCAUUGUUACCAACUUUGAUUACUUUUAUCUUGAUUGUGGCCACGGUGGAUGGGUCGGUAACGAUGAUAGAUACAUUUCUCCCAACCAGACCGAAACCCCUACUGAUACCUUCAAUUAUGCCGGUGUUGGAGGAUCUUGGUGUGCACCUUUCAAGACAUGGCAACGUAUUUACAGCUAUGAUUAUACCCAUGGUAUUGACAAGACGCAUAAAGGUAAAGUUUUGGGUGGUGAAUUAGCCAUGUGGGCUGAACAAACAGGUCCUACUGUCAUUGAUUCUCGUUUGUGGCCUCGUUCUGCUGCUGCUGCUGAAGGCUAUUGGUCUGGUAGCUAUGACAAGAAGGGUGAAAGACGUACUGUCGAAAAGGUCUCCGAGCGCUUUUAUGACUGGGUUUAUCGUUUGCAAGCCCGUGGUAUUGAUGCUGAACCUGUUCAACCCAAGUAUUGCGCUACCCAUCCUCACCGUUGUGAUCUUUAUGAUCCCACCGCCAAGCUUUAAAAAAAAAACUUCCUUAAUUCGACACUCAAUCCUCUAUUUCAACUCAAACACUCAAAUACAUCCCAUAAAACCUAC